GAAAGACAAAUUUGGUCUUUCUGUAAUAUUAGUAUACAGAGACAUGAAGAUGUUGUUUUUCCUGUGUCUUUUUAUUGUUGGGAUUCAUUCCAAUGGUUAUUGCUAUGGGCCUAAUCACCAAGGUGUAAGAAACCAGAAUCAAAGAGGCCAAGAAAAUCAAAACAUGCUACAGCAGACUGUAGGGAACAGUGUUUGUCGGUUUGCCUGUUGUUUCUACAAAGAGAUUUCUUCUCGUGAAAACAGUGGGAAUGUUUUCUUCUCUCCUUUGAGCAUCUCUACUGCCUUUGCAAUGCUGACUCUGGGUGCCAGAUCAGACACUCUGGAACAGAUUCUUAGGGUCCUUAGCUUUAACCAACGUGAGAUUUCUGAAAAUGAAAUACAUGAAGGUUAUCGUCAACUCAUGCAAAUGGUAAACAGAAAAAAUGAGGGUUUACAGCUGAAUAUGGGAAAUAUCCUGUAUGUGCUUGACCAACUAAAGCCACAAGAGAAUUUUUUAAGUAAUCUCAGAAACUUCUAUGAAGGAGAAGUUUAUCCUAUGAACUUCAAGAGGGCUGAUCAAGCUCAGAUAAAGAUCAAUGAAUAUGUAGCAGGAAGAACCAAUGGGAAAAUCAAGGACCUCAUAAGUAACCUUGAUCCACUUACUGAAAUCCUCCUUAUUAGCUAUAUUUAUUUUAAUGCUGAAUGGGAAAAACCUUUCGAUCCAAAAUACACUAAAAAGAGCAAAUUCUUUGUGAAUGGAAACAAGGCUGUUGAAGUCCCGAUGAUGUUUGGAAUGGGGCUGUUCAAGCAUGGCUAUGAUGAACAGCUGUCUUCCACUGUGGUGCAAAUGGAUUACAAAGGAGGUGCUUCAGCAUUUUUUAUUCUGCCUGAUCAAGGAAGAAUGAGGAAGCUGGAGAAAAGAUUGUCUUGUGAACAUAUGUCAAGGUGGAGGACAUUAGUGUCAAAAAGCAACUCAGCAAAUGUGUAUCUUCCAAAAUUCACUCUUUAUGGGACAUAUAACCUAAAAAAUAUUUUAUAUAAAAUGGGCAUCGUGGACGUAUUCACCGAUAAAGCUGACCUGUCUGGGAUCACUGGGCAGCCCCAGCACAGAAUUUCCCAGGCUAUUCAUAAGGCUGUGGUAAAGGUGGAUGAGACUGGCACCGAAGCAGCAGCUGCCACAGGCAUGGAAAUAGUUCCUAUGUCCGUUCCAGCUACCAUUACAUUCAACAGGCCCUUCCUAAUGAUCAUAACUGAGAAGAACAAUAUACUCUUCAUGGGAAAAAUUAUGAAUCCUCUGAAAAAAGAUUAA